CCUGAAAGGUCUGAGGCAGACGGAGGCAGACGCAGCAGAGGAGGGACAGCAGCCCAGGAGAACAGUCACUAACGGACGAGGAUCUGAUCAUGGACGCCCUGAGGAAAGGAUUCUCCAUGGCUAAAGACGGCGUGGUGGCCGCCGCCGAGAAGACCAAGGCUGGAGUGGAGGAGGCCGCCACCAAGACCAAGGACGGGGUCAAGUAUGUGGGAAACAAGACGAUGGAGGGCGUGGCCACAGGUGUGAACACAGUUGCCCAGAAGUCGACCGAACAGGCCAACAUUGUUGCUGACACGGCUGUUGCCGGGGCCAACGAGGUCGCCCAGGCAACAGUGGAAGGGGUGGAGAACGCGGCGCUGGCAAGCGGAUUGGUCAAGACGGAGGAGGCGGGACCAACAGCUGAGGAGACUGGUGUUCCAAAAGGAGAAGCUGGGGCUGAUCAGACUGAACAGGCUGCACAGUAGACUCUGAACAUCCUGCUUUUACUGAGGAGGAAAGAAGAACUUUCAAUGUUAACCUGUUGUUCAUUAAACUCAUUAACCAACCAGAA